CUCCCUCUUUCCCUCUCUCUCCCGCUCUCUCCCUUCUCCGCCCUUUUGGUAAAUUUCAUUCGAAGAUGCGAUGGGAUUUCGGUCAUGCUGCAAGGACAACGCAGAAGGAAGUGCUUCUGAAGCUGUGGUUCAGUAGUGUGGCACUCCUGUGGCCUCCUGUAUCGUGCGCAGUGAAAAACUUUCACAACUACGAUGGUUUGGACGAGACAACAGUCUGCCCGAAUAUCAGGAUUGGACAAGAUGAUUUACCAGGGUUCGACAUCAUCACUCAAUUCCAACUAGACAAUAUCCCGCUGCGGGGGGUGAGAAGGGUGGAGGGCUCCACCCCUCUCCAGAUCGCCUUCAGACUAGAGAGAGAAGCCAACUUCCAGAUACCGACGAGGGUGAUCUACCCGCGAGGCUUGCCCGAGGAAUAUUCCUUCGUCACCACCUUCCGCAUGCUGAAGGAGACGGUGGAGAAGGUGUGGAACGUCUGGCAGAUCGUGGACGAGGACGGUUACCGUCAGGUGGGGCUGAGGCUGAACGGCGACACCCAGUCGGUGGAGUUUUACCUGGUGGGUCUGGACACCAACCUGCAGACUGUGACCUUCCCCGGAGUCUCUCAGAUCUUCAACACCGACUGGCACAAGGUGCUGGUGGGGGUGCAGAGGGAUAGCGUCAGCCUGUUCGUGGACUGCCAGCAGGUGGGCUCCCAGCCCAUCAAGUCCAAGGGCACCGUCAACGUGGACGGAGACACUCUGAUUGGCCGCCUGUAUUCCAACCCGCAUACGUCUGUCGUGUUCGAGCUGCAGUGGAUGCUGAUCCACUGCGAUCCCCGGAGAGCCCAGCGGGAGACCUGCUCUGAGCUGCCCAUACAACAGAGAUUUCUGCCUAACUCGGAGCCGCAUUACUAUCCCAUAGCCACGCCUUCGCCCGGCAAAGAGGGGCCUCCCGGACCCCCGGGACACCCAGGUCACCCGGGGCCUGAGGGACCCCCGGGGCGGGAGGGGCCUCCUGGAGCCCCCGGGGAGGAUGGACAAGUCGGAGCCAGUGGGAUGCCUGGUACGCCCGGCUCUUCAGGACUUCCUGGCCAGAAAGGUGAGAGAGGUGACUCGGGGUUCCCGGGACAAAAAGGCAUGCCGGGGCUCCCAGGAUUCAACGGAAUUCCCGGAGAACAAGGUCUUAUGGGGGUGCCCGGUCUGCCGGGCAGUUCUGGAGUGAAGGGCGAUCGUGGGAGACAAGGGAUUCAAGGGCCACUUGGUUUCCCCGGAAAGAAAGGAGAGAAGGGUCACACAGGCCCUGGAGGCCCCAAAGGAAAUAAGGGAGAUUCAGGUGUGAACGGGCUGCCCGGAGUAAACGGCGAACAGGGUAUUCCCGGUGUUCAAGGCAAGACAGGAGAGGCGGGUGUGCCGGGAGACCACGGGGCCCCAGGGAAGCCAGGAGCCCGAGGACAGCCUGGGUUUGCGGGGCCAAGCGGCUUACCCGGAUCUCGAGGGCCGGAGGGGGAUCGUGGAAUACCAGGGCUACCCGGGCCCUCUGGAAGCCCGGGCAAGGAGCCGAGCGAGCAGAGGAUCAGAGAGCUGUGUCUGAGCCUGAUCCAAGAGUACAUUGCACAGGUGGCGGACAGCCUGAGGCAGCCGACGGUGCCUGGAGAGCCGGGGCAACCGGGGUCCCAGGGGCUUCCGGGACCCUCUGGCCCCCCGGGAUCUGCUGGCCUCCCGGGGCCCAUGGGCCGGCCGGGCAUCAAAGGUCACCAUGGUUUCCACGGCAAGCCCGGCAGCAAAGGGGCGAGAGGUGACAAGGGAGAUAAGGGACAUGACGGGAUUGGUCUGCGGGGGUUGGAAGGCUCGCCAGGACCUCGAGGCGAGGCUGGCUUGCCCGGAAUCGGCAAGGAUGGGCGGAAUGGCUUCCCAGGGGAGCCUGGUUUAGUGGGCGAGCCGGGACCACCUGGGCAGCCGGGGCUUCGGGGGUUCCCUGGCAUUUGUGACGCCACCGACUUUGGGCCCCCUCACCUGUACAUGGGCAUGGGUCUGAGCAAGAAGUCCAGCAGCAUGAAGGGACCAUCAAAGAAAUGAGGCAGAGGCAGAAAGACAGGCAGCUGGCGUUCCCCAUCCAGGCCUCACGUGGAGCGAAACAGCGCAGCCUCUUCACACAGACCCCCACCGUCACCCCAGUCCAGGACACUGGUUCAACCCAACACACGGAAGGGAGGAGUGGGGGGGGGUUUGGGUGGAGCCGGCUGGACUGACCAGCCGACUGACCGACUGACUGACCCGACAGCGGUGUGCGGGACAUCUUGUUUGGAAAGGCUUGUAGAGGACACUGCCGAGCUGAAGGCAGGGGCCAAACACCCAACCGCAGUCACCGUAUAUAAGUUAACUUCAUUUGUGGGUAUACAGCGUUUUCGUGUUUCCCCGGGAACUUUGUUUGCUUGUUCUUGUCUUUCUGUGCGACCUCCGAAUUCACUGUCUCCCCCUCCCCUCCUUUACCCCACUCUCACGUUUCAUUGAACGGAUUCCCCUUUCCUUCGCACCCCACUCCUUCUCACCCCCCCCC